CCAGACGCGGAGGGAGAGCGCUCAGGCCCAGCCGCCGAGAGGCCGCGGAGUCAGCGACGCCCGAGCCAGCCGAGCCGCCGCCGCCGCCGCGCCCCCAUGGCGGCCACCAAGGACACUCACGAGGACCACGACACCUCCACGGAGAACGCGGAUGAGUCCAACCACGACCCCCAGUUUGAGCCGAUAGUCUCUCUUCCCGAGCAAGAAAUCAAGACGCUGGAGGAGGAUGAGGAGGAACUUUUUAAAAUGCGGGCCAAGCUCUUCCGAUUCGCCUCAGAGAACGACCUCCCGGAGUGGAAGGAGCGUGGCACGGGCGACGUGAAGCUCCUGAAGCACAAGGAGAAGGGGACCAUCCGCCUGCUCAUGAGGAGAGACAAGACCCUGAAGAUCUGCGCCAACCACUACAUCACACCAAUGAUGGAGUUGAAGCCGAACGCAGGCAGUGACCGCGCCUGGGUCUGGAACACCCACGCCGAUUUCGCCGACGAGUGCCCCAAGCCGGAGCUGCUGGCCAUCCGUUUCCUGAAUGCUGAGAAUGCACAGAAAUUCAAAACAAAGUUUGAAGAAUGCAGGAAAGAGAUCGAAGAGCGAGAAAAGAAAGGAAGCGGCACAAACGACAGCGCGGAGAAGGUGGCCGAGAAGCUCCAGUCUCUGUCCGUGAAGGGGGAGCACGAGGAGCCCGCGGAGCAGGCCCUGGAGGCCGCUGGGGAGCAGCAAUGAGCGCCUCGCCCUCCCGCCCCUCCCGUCCCUUCUGCCUCUUUCCGUUUUUUUUUAAAAGCCCUGCCCCUCUUUUUCGGUUUGUUUUAAUUCUGUUUUGUUUUUGCAAGGGACUUUAUAUAAAGAACUGAAUUCAACAUUCA